UUUUCGCUAGUGCCGCUCGGGGGAUUUUGAAAAAAAAAAAUGAAGUUGGGAAUAUUCCUGACGUUGGCUGUUCUCCUAAGCUGUACAUCGGCAAACUUACAUCCAAAGAACGCGAAGUCGGAUAAGAAGACAGCCCUCGUGGACAGUUUUCUGGAGAAAAAGGCGGGAAUUGAAAACCCUGCGGACUCGCUCAAACCGAAGGACUGGGUGAAAUACGUGGAGCAGAAGGUUGCCACAAACUUGAAGGCCGACGAAGAAAAGACCGAGAAGAAACAACAUGAGAACGCGCGAAGCAACCCGGUCCUGAGCAAGCUCCUCCGUCCCAGCGGAAGUGACGUCACGGCCGUGAAGCCUGCCGACCUGGAGCGUGUGUCGUCACAGCACUUCCGGCAGCCCGAACAGCAGGUCGAAGGUUACAUCGCAAGGUACGGACGCAGCAGUCACGUGGACAAUGUGAUGAAGAUGCAGGAGGUGAUGCGUCACGUGAGCGAGAUCUCGCGAGAAGACCCGAGAGGCGACGCGGCGGACAUGGUGCCCGACUUCCUCCGGGGACACAACGCGGUGCAGUCUGGGAGCCGACAUGACGCCCACGAAGGACAUGCUCCAAUGGUGGAUCCAGAAGAGGAGAAGGGUCACGAGCACCCUUACCCAGGCGUGCUGACUGGAAAACACAGCGAGUCCCUCCACCACGGUCUGAAGCAAACCCUGCAGGGUGUGGAACACGCUAAGGCUGAGGAGGCCAGCAGGGGCAGCGGGCAUGAGGUCCACAAGCACCAGAAACACCAGGAGAGCGUCCACGGCCGCAACCCGCAUCCGGUCGGCGAAGAACUCGAUAACACCAAGAAGCAAGCGGAGGAGUCUGAGGCAAAAGCUGAUCCUACUCCGGAAACAGCCCCUCAAGAGGAAGGCAAGGAAGAUGCUGGGGCAGCCAAAGCAAGCAGCCUUGUGGAGAAGAUUCGACUGAUGCAAGAAAUGGCCAAGAAAGAAGCCGAGGAGUCUGAGGUAACUGGUCAGGUGUCGUCAAGCAGCACAUUAGAUGAAGGGGAUGCCGAAAACGCAGUUCCUGCUCCUUCACAAGCCGCCGAAGAGAAAGAGACAAACGCUGUGCUGGCACAAGAGGAAAACUCAGAAGAUGCAGGGGCAGCUGCAGCAAACAGCGUUGUAGAGAAGAUUCAAAUGAUGCAAAAGAUGGCGGCGUUGGCAAAGGUUUCCUCUUCCGAAAAUGUCGAUCCUACUUCAGACGCUCAAGCGGAUUUAGAUGAUGCUGGGGCAGCUGCAGCAAGCAGUAUUGUAGAGAAGAUCCAGAUGAUGCAAAGGAUGGCGGCGCUGGCAAAGAUGAUGAAGAAAAUGAAGGAGGGAUCCGAAGAAGAAAAAGAGGAGGCUCUUGAAGAAGCCAAGGAGGUGUUGCCACCUGAAGUUCUGAGCGUCAUUAAGUCCAAGUUAGAUCAAGAACAAGGCGACAUGGACAAAGAUGCCGUGGAAACAGCCGAACGGCCCUCCCCGUCCCCGCUUGUACGAGAAAAGCUCCGACAGUCGGGACGGUUACACCCGGUGAACAAAGAGGACAAAGCUUCCGAUGAAGAAAAGCAGAAAGAGGGAUCAGGAGCCCGCGAAGAGAACCCAGGACAAACCGAAGGAAAAGCACCAGAAAGACCAUCAAUUCAUGAGUCACCAGCUGAGCCUGAUGAUGAUGUCGCAAGACCAGCCGAACAUUCCACCCUGUCCUCCCUUAGAAAGGAGAGUCUUAGAGAGUCGGGACGACUGGUAACAGGAGAUAAAACAACAUCCGACGACGCUAAUCCAACAGAGGAAGACUCCGAAGACCACAAGACGGACGCCAGACAAAGCAAAGAAGCAGGAAAAGGAGGACCCACCAUGGAAGAAUCCCCGAAAAUUAUCCUCCAGUCAAGCUUAAGUGAGAAAGACCAAACUACUGCUGAUGCGAACGAAGAGACUGCUACCAAGAGCGACGGUCCGGCGAAAGCUUUAGGCGCGAUCAUGAAGGCUAUGGCGAUCGCAAAAGCACAGCAAGACACGUCGGCCAGUACAGACGCUGGAGCAGCCGAAGCAAUCAACCUUGAGGAAAAGAUUCGACUGAUGCAAGAGAUGGCCAAGAAACAAACCGAGGAGUCUGAGGUAACUGGUCAGGAGGAGUCGAGCAGCACAUCAGAUGAAGGGGAUACCGAAAACGCAGUUCCUGCUCCUUCAGAAGCCGCCCAAGAGAAAGAGACAAACGCUGUGCUGGCACAGGAGGAAAACACAGAGGCCUCGGAAGGCUUAAAACCUGCAUUGACACCGGAAAGCACUGAGAAGAAACUCCAAGUCAUCCAAGCGAUAAAGCAUGCUACGGAGUUGGCAAAUGGGCGUAAGAAACAACCUGCAAGUAUAGAAGCAGAUGAUACGCCCAAAAACAAUGAGGAAGGAAACCUAGAGAUUGCCAACGACAAUUCUGCUCCAAAAGCUGUCAACGAGGAGGAGCCGACGUCCCAUGACGAGGAAGAAGCUGCGAGAGCUUUGGAGGAAGCGAUAAAGAAGGCAGUAGCAAUAGCUAAGGAGGGGAGGCAAGAAACUCCGGCCAGUGAAGAAGCUAAGACUGCAGAGCCUACUACUGAGUCUAAACAACCGCCCCUGACACCCGAAAACAAAGAGAAGGAACUUCAAGUCAUGACAGCGAUCAGGAACGCGAUGGAGUUCGCAAAAGGGUACGAAGAGAGUUCUGCCAGUAUAGAAGCAGCGGGUCAGGUGGCUAAGGCGCUGGAUACUGCUGACCCGACUGUGAGCGCAGAAAACACGGAGCAGGAAAACAACAAAGAAGCACCAAAACCUGCUCCAAGCCAGGACGGAAAGGUUGAUUCAGAUCAAAACGCCUUCAAUGUUCUGCAACAAGUCAACGAGUUACGAAAGCUUAAGCACAUGGCUAGUGAUGAAGCAAGUAAGAAUGGGUUAGAAGACAGUCAGAAGGAAAACAAUAUUGUGGACGACAUAGGCAGUGUAGACCAGAUUGCCAACAACAAGCCACAGGAUGAGGCAUUGAAGGAUCAAAGUAAGGAAGAGAAGGCAAAGAGGGUCUUAGACACGAUGGCAGAACUCCAAGCAGCUGCUUCAGAGCAGAAGGAGCAAAGUAGUAAAGAGAAGGCAAAGAGGGUCUUGGAUACGGUGGCAGAACUCCAAGCAGCUGCCUCAAACCAGAAGAAGCAGCUGAACUCCGAGGAAGCGAUUGCAAAGACGGAGGAGGAAAAAUUGGAAGACAACAACUUGGAAAGCAGAAGCCAGGCUCAACAGGCAAUCAUGGAAACUAUAGGGAAGAUUCGUCAGGAGGCAGAAGAGAGAGCGCACGAACAAGAAAAGGACGACCCUACUCCAGAAGAAACGCAAGAAUUCCAAGGAAAAGACAUUGGCGAUCUGGAGCCUGAGGUAAACACAGACUCGAGCGGCCCUGUUGCAGGAGAUGCCGAAAACGCCGAAGGAUCUAGAUCUGCCAAAGAGGAACUCACAGAAGAUACUGCGGAAGCUGAAACUAACAGCAUUGUGGAGAAGAUCAAGCUGAUGCAAAGGAUGGCGGCUCUGGCGAAGGUUGUGAAGAAAAUGAAGGAUGGAUCCGAGGAAGAAAAAGAGGAGGCUCUUGAAGAAGCAAAGGAGAUGUUGCCACCUGAAGUUCUAAGCGUCGUCCAGGCCAAAAUAGCCGAAGAAUCGGGUAACCAAGAAAACGGGAAAGACGACAUGGAGGAAGAAACGGCUGGAGAAUCUUCAGAAGCAAAGGUAGAGGAAGAAAUAGACGAAAAUCAGGACACACAAGACGCUGUGAAAGAUACGGAAGAAGAAAGGACCAGAGAGGAGGCUGGAGGAAAUAUAGAAGAGGACGAGGGAAAGGUGCAGUUUAAGAAGGUUGAGUCUGUUGAGGGUCUGAACUUAGCAGUUGCGGAGCCUGAGGAGCAUCUGGGCGGAACUGGGAAAGGCGAGCAAACUAGGAAGGAGUCUGGCGAAGAUCUUAGCAAAGGGCCAGAGGAAUCCUUGGCUGAGAACAAGGAAGAGGAUCAGAACGAAGAAAAUCUCACGGAAGAGUCACAGAUCCUGGGCGACGUGGAUAAGGCACAAUCUGUCAUAAAUCCUCAAGAUCAAGACGAGCGAAAGUUCAAAGACUCCUUGAUGGAAGACGAGGAUGAUCUAUCCUUGAAGACAAGUCAAGAAAGCGCACAACGUGCUGAAGAACACAUCAAGACAGGUCACGACACUGAGGAAGGCACAAACGACGACCAAAACGACCAAGAAGACGAAGACGUCGGCGAGACAAAGGAGGGGGACCCGCUGACCAGACUUGCGAACAUAAAAGCUACACUAGCGCAUCUGCAAGGACUUGAAGAAGAACAGCAAGACGAGAAGUCAGACGAAACAGGAAAAGAGGAGGAGGACAACGUAGCCCCUGCCGAAGAAUUGCUGCCACAGAAGCCGGCUGACAGCACGCCGACCAAGAAUGGAAAGAUAGAAACUAGGACAACUCAAUUUCAAGAGACAGAACUUGACGAAAAGAAAAAUGAGGGAGAAGUCAACGUGAGAGCGUCACAGAAGCCGGCUGACGACAGCAUGACAACCAAGAAUGCAAAGACAGAAGCUAGGAUAACUCAUGAUCAGCUACAAGGACCAGAAAAUGACGACGAAAAGGAAAAUGAGCUCGAGGGAGAAGGCAACGAGGUGGAACAUGUGAGAGUGUCGCUGUCACAGAAAGCUGCAGCCGCGGAGAAGGUUCAGCGUAAAGCUCUCAUUGCUGCCGGCAUCGCGCAGUCACAUCUGAAAGCACACGGCAUCAAGGCACCAAAAUCACAAGAACAACCAGACGAGCAUAAACACCUGAAAGGAGACGCAACCAGCGUCAAGAAGACAUCUUAUUACCUUUCUGAAGAGGGCAAGCUGAGGAGCUCCGAUGAAGCCCACAAGGAAGCUAAGAAACAUAAAAUCCUCAAGAUCAAGAACAACCUUCUUACAGACGGAGUUGCUAAGACAUCCCAAGAAGACCCUGAAGACGUGAACAGUGGAGGUGAUAAGAUAAGGAGCCCAGAAGAAUUAUUCAGUAAGGAGAAGGAAACGGAGCGCAGUGCAGAGAACAAGGGUUUAAAGCCAGCUUCGCCUUUUCUACAGGGAGCUUUUAUGGCACGCAACACAGCCCUACAAGGAAAACCCGACAAAGAACACCCCCAAAGUUCCGACAGGACGUCCAAAAUACCUCCUUACUAUCUCUCCAAGGAAAAGGUAAUGAAGAGCUCGGACGAAUUCCUCGAGGAAGAAGUUUUGAGCGUCGGAAAGGAAGAGAAGUCACCAGUUCGCCCUCUGCCAAAGGAUCUUGCCCGGAAGAACAAGAUUAGUGACAAAGGCACCAAGGGCAAGAUCUCCAAGGAAGUUCUUCUGACCAUGGAAGAUAAGAAGAAAGUAAUAAGUACCGAGAAGAAGCUGACUGGACUCUUGUCCAAUGCUGCUGACGUGAAGAAGGAAAAUAAAACCAAACUUGACAAGGAAACGAAGACAAAGACAGGUCUGAAGAUGUCGGCAAAACCGAAGUCUCUGUUCGGAAAAGCUGUGAAGGCGGGAAAACACCGAAAUCUCGCGAAACUGCGCGAGAUGGCCAUGGCCAUGGCCAAAAAGCGCCGCCUGCCGAGAGGGCGCCGUAAUUAGGUACUGCAGGUUCUAGCAACGA